GAGUGGAAGACUUCCGCUUGACUUUCGUCUCAGCCAGAGCGCGUUUAGUUACCCGCCCACCACUCCAUGAGACCAAGUCGUAAACCUUCAGAAACCCUAGAAUGAAAUCCUGAAGCCCCUUCCUCUUCUCUUCCUCCUCCCGAAACCCUAAACAAUCUCCCGAAGCUCUCCAUCUAUUUAUAUCUCCGGAGGACCCACGGAGUUUCGUGAUAUCUGCCUCUCGUCGUUCGUCUGUUUCUUUGUUGCGCGUCUUUGUCCUCUCUCCGCACUUCUUUUCGAAACCCUAGAACAAUUUCUCGUAUUUAUUGCCUUGGAUCACGAAAGGUUGUAGCUUUAGAGUUUGAAAAAUAAGGAUUUUCAAGUUUUCGCCUUUCCCUCACUGUUCUUGGUGAGCUGCCGCUGCAGAUCUUCUUCAGGUACUUGCUGUUAUGUUGAAUGAUUGAUAAAUGCGGUUUUUUUGGCAGGUGCUGGUGUACUUACAUUUUUGGCAAAAGGUUUACUGAAUCUUCUAGUUCAAUGGCAAAUACUCUAGAUAUGGCACUGGAUGACAUUAUAAAGAACAGGAAUAAUAGUGAGAGAGGUAGAGGACGAGGCAGGCCCCGGCGAGGCCGAGGGCAAGGAGGAGGGAGCUUUGGCCGUGGAAGAACAACAGGGACAGGGCCUCUCAGGGUCAAUGCUCGGCCAUCGUCUUACGCAAUUGCCAAGUCUUACAGCAGAACCAAGGAUUUUUCAUGGAAGCAUGAUUUGUUUGAAGAUAGCCUGAUAGCUGCAGGGUUAUCAGGAAUUGACAAUGGCACAAAGUUAUAUGUUUCCAACUUGGAUUAUGGAGUUACCAAUGAAGAUAUCAAGGAACUUUUCUCUGAGAUUGGAGAGCUGAAGAGAUAUGCCCUGCAUUAUGACAGAAAUGGUCACCCAAGCGGAUCAGCAGAAGUGGUGUUUCUCAGAAGAAGUGAUGCAUUGGCUGCUCUUAAGCGAUAUAAUAAUGUUAUACUGGAUGGAAAACCUAUGAAGAUAGAAAUUAUAGGCACCAAUUUAGAGCUGCCUGUUUCAGCUCGUGUCAAUGUAAUUGGAGGAGCAAAUGGUCGAGGAAAGAGAACUGUUGUUAUGACGCCUGGUGUAGGUCGGGGCAGAGGUUCUAUUGCAGGCAGUCGUGGUUCUGGCAGGUGGAGCCGCCGCAGGGGAGCAGGCCGUGGUGGCCGUGGCCGUGGCCGUGGUCGUGGCCGUGGCCGGGGAAGGAAGCAAACUACAGAGAAAUCUGCUGAGGAACUGGACAAAGAAUUGGAGAACUAUCAUGCUGAAGCUAUGCAGACAUCCUAGUGAUUUGCAGCUACUAGAGUUGAAGAAUUUAGUGGUUGUUAAGGCUGGCUGAUUUAGCUGUACAAAAGUGAAAAAGGGAUCCAGCUGCAGUGGGAUAUUUUUGGUUCUUGGCUCUUGCUUUGCUCCCAGUAGACUAAAAGCUGUGAUAUCUAGAACUGCGAGUUUCUUUAGAUAAAUAUUGGUGUAUAAUCCCUUAGAUGUUGAUUAGCUUUAUUCUGAAAUUUGACUCCUGCACCUGCCUUGGUCGUUCCUUGGGCAUCGACUCCAGUGUUUUUGGUAGAUAUUUUGUUAAUCCUUAAAUCUGUUUUGUUAAGGAAAGAAAAAAUUCAAAAAAAUGUUUUUGGAGUCAUCAAUGUCUGAUUAGUGUAUAAUAGAUGAGGCAGACUCUCCCCCUGUUGCAGGCUGACCAUGUGACCAUGCACGACUGUGAAUCUGAUGCUGCCAAUGGCAUGCUAUGAUGUGGAGGCGCACUUGACAUCACGAUUCUACCUUUUGGUGAUUGGUGAAAGCAAUCAGGGGACGCAGGACUUGUUUGUGGGUCUAGAUCCCCCCGGUAUGGUCAUGUUUGUUCAUUGUUGACUAUUUUCUUGUUACUUUGUGUAUUUCCUUCUUUAAGUUGAUUGCAUCAAGAAAACAUCCAGUUGGUAA